AGAAGAGGUAGGUGUGUGGGCUCCUCUUUGAACCUUGUACCUUCAUAAAGGAUGAGGAAAUAAAACAAUCCACCUAGUAUGUCAUCUUGAACCAAAGAGGAUGGCACCAACUCCAGAUCCCACAGGAAUAUCAUCUCCAUCUCCGGCAACAAUGACUGCAGCUAUCGACCGAACCCUCCAUGCUAUCGGUUUCGAGUUCGAGCUCAUCUCACCGGAAAAGGUUGCAGGCAGGCUGAAGGUCACCACAACAUGCUGCCAGCCUUUUGAUGUGCUCAAUGGAGGGGUGUCGGCUCUCAUUGCAGAAACCUUAGCCAGCUUUGGAGCCUAUGUGGCCACUGGAUUCCGGAGAGUCGUUGGGGUUCAGCUCUCCACCAACCAUCUCAAGCCAGCUGUGCUCGGCGAAGAAGUAGAGGCAGAAGCCAGGCCCAUCCAGAAGGGCAAAACCAUCCAGGUAUGGGAGGUGCAGAUCCAAAAGAGAGACCCUUCAACCACAGGGAGCAAAGUACUUCUGUCAACAUCUAGGGUUACUCUAAUAUGUAAUCAACAAGCAUCAGAGAGCAUGAAGAGCUAUGAAGAGACUCUGAAGAAGUAUGCCAAGCUUUGACAUGUAUAUUUGCAUUAUGAAUCUUCUCCAAAUUAUAAUUUUGUCAGCACUUGUUAUGAACAUCUGGAUGAAGGCUUAUGGAAAAAAUGCAUGACAUACUUUUACAUGACAAAGUUUGAGUCUCAGAUAAAGGAUCUGUAAGAAACAACCCGAAAUUAAUUUUAUAUUCUUUCAAGUUA